AUGGCCUCGGUCCAGGUUCAUCCCGCUGUCCCUGGCCUUUCCCUGGGCAAGCGCUCCAAGUCCAAACACCGCACCGUUGUCAAGCCCAUCCUCAGGAAGCUGCACUCUCAUCAUUCCGACCGGGAAUCGUCGCUCGACCUGGAUCGAGGAUGGGACGACCAGCCCUCGCCAGGCCUAGCCACCGGCUUCGACUUUGGCGGCCCCUACGACAGUGACGGGUCGUGCCACUACUCGUCGACGGCCAUUGCCGCGGCGCGAGCCGGUCGAGACGUUGGCUUCUCGCUCUCGGCAACCGACGUCGCCGGCGGUCCUGGAUACGGCCUGGGAAUGGUGGGCGCUGGAGCAGCAGCAGCAGCAGCAGCAGCAGCGAUGGCGGCGGCGGCGGCGGCGGCGGCGGCAGCAGGAGCUGGAGGCCGUCGGAAAUACUCGCAUGUGCGGUCAGCAAGCGGCAAUUCCCACGCCUCGUCCGUCGCGACUACCGCAAGUGCCGGCCGCAACGGGGGCUCCUUCGUCCACCCUUUUCAGCAGACGCCGCAGACCUCCUCCCCCCCGCUGCUGCAGUACGCCAACGCCAGGGCUUCCCUGGACAACGGCUUCGGCACCGGCUACUCCCCCACCAUCACCGAGGACGACGACGAUCACGACGACCAAGACGACCUCGUCGACCCGUACGCGUCCCUGCACUCCACCUCGACGGCGACGACACCCCGGCCAGCGCUCUACCCCUCGGCGUACUUCCAGCACCCCAACUACCGCCGCCCGUCCCUGGCCAGCCAGCGCACGAGCUCGUUUUCGGAUGGAAACCAAGCGCUGCGCACGCCGGCAACGCGCUCCAGCUCGGCGCAGGCUCGCCUCCUCGGCACCGCCUCUCUGAAUCAGAGCCGGUCCGAGCUGAACUCGAGCACCUUGAGCUCCGUAGCCGCCGCCGACUCGCCUCUAUCCUCAACCGCGCCUCUGGGCACCGCCGCAACAACAACAACAACAACAACAACAACAACAAGCACCUCGUCCUUUGCCCAGCCGAUCCCGGCCUCGUCGUCAUCCUCAGCCUCGCUCAUGUCGCCCUUGCGGAGCUCCCUGGACAUGAGCGGCUUCCGCCUACGCUCCCACAGCGAGGUCGACACCGCCACCCAUCAGGAGCAGGUCCGCGAGGCACGCCGCAAGUUUGAGGCAAAGGAACGCGCCAAGGACGAAAAGUAUGCCCGGGAGCAGCUUCGAAAGCGAGAGCGGGCAGAGACCAAAGAGGCGAGCCGCAUGGAAAAGUGCAACGCCCGUCUCCGCAAGGGCAGCGUCGGCAACGGCAGCAUCUCGGGCAGCACCGCGUCCGGCGGCGCCGAUGUGCGGGUGGCGUCGUUCCGAAGACGCGGGGCCGCGCCUGGCGACGUGCGGGAAAAGCUCGACUUUGCCGGCCACGGCUACGACAGCACCCAUGCUGGGCAGAUGGCGUCGUCCCGGGCCGACGAGGUGCACUUCGCCUCGCCGUCCAAGAGGUCCAGGACGGCCAAGCACAGGACCGUGGGCGUCUGGACGGCCUUUGUGCUCUGGCUUCGCACUCGCUUCCUCAAGCUCGGCAGACGCUAG